AUGUAUACAUCCAGAAGCACCAAUGAAUGGAUCUUCGGUGGGCUGAUGGCCACCCAGGCACUCAUAAUCCUCGCCAUUGAAAUCUUUAUCCUUGUGGAAUGGCAACUAUGGAUGCGCCCACAGGCCAUUCAAAUCACCCCCUCAUACAUCGUCCCUGUUGACGCAGCAAUCGUAUGGUUUGCCUGCAUCUAUGAAUUUUUACUCUCUGUCGACGCUAUGCGUCACAAGAACAACAUCCUACUAUUCGGGAUCUGCGUCAGUAAUGUUUACGCCAUGGCCUUCGCGGCCAUGCAGUAUCCGGCCAUGAAAGGCUUCUGCGAAUCCAUGCCUAAUCAGCGGGCCAUGUAUGAUAUACCUCUGGUGGACAUCAGUAGAAACAUCUGGCCGCAAAUCCGUGGCCCUCAACUUGCAGUUCCGAUCCUCAUCGGGCUUUGCACCCUUGGAACAUGGUGGUUGGCCUUCCAACUACACAAACAGUAUGCCUGGUCCAUCUACCGAAGUGUGCAGGGUGAUUCACGUAUAAGAGCUCGGUAUCUCGCCUAUGAAAUUUAUGUGGUUCUUGUCAAAUUCGGCGCCUUCUUCAUUAUCUGCUUCGUUCUCCAUUAUGGCUUGAUCGAUGUCCACUUCGUCGAGCCAGAAUUUGGCUUAACCAUGUCAAUUCCACCAACCCUAACAGUCGUAAUAGUCUGCGGGGUAUACUUUAUCCGCAAGGAGCACAAACCAUUGAUGAUAUUAGUCAUUGUCUGCCAUUUGGCCAUAAUUGCCUAUCUACUUUCCCGGAUCAUUGUUCUUUUUGGAAAUGGUCAACUUGCCCGAACUCCAACCAGGGAUAUGAUGCUUCUCUUCGCCUUUGCAUCCUUGAUCUUCACCUUCCUCUCUCUUGCAUGUGGAGUCAGGUGCUUCAUGAACUUUGAGUAUGGACUAAAGCCUAUUUUGGCUGGCAAACCUCAUUCGGUUCGGGCGUCUUAUGACUUUCAUACCAUCUCCAGACACACUCCUAUGCCGGAUGAUAUCUCAUGUCGCCGGUUGUCUCUUGCUUAG